AUGUUUCCUAAUCAGUACACUACCGGCAUGUUUCCUGAUCAGUACACUACCGGCAUGUUUCCUAAUCAGUACACUACCGGCAUGUUUCCUAAUCAGUACACUACAGGCAUGUUUCCUAAUCAGUACACUACCGGCAUGUUUCCUGAUCAGUACACUACAGGCAUGUUUCCUGAUCAGUACACUACCGGCAUGUUUCAUAAUCAGUACACCACCGGCAUGUUUCCUAAUCAGUACACUACCGGCAUGUUUCCUGAUCAGUACACUACAGGCAUGUUUCCUGAUCAGUACACUACUGGCAUGUUUCAUAAUCAGUACACCACCGGCAUGUUUCCUAAUCAGUACACCACCGGCAUGUUUCCUAAUCAGUACACUACCGGCAUGUUUCAUGAUCAGUACACUACAGGCAUGUUUCCUAAUCAGUACACUACAGGCAUGUUUCAUGAUCAGUACACUACAGGCAUGUUUCCUGAUCAGUACACUACAGGCAUGUUCCCUGAUCAGUACACUACAGGCAUGUUCCCUGAUCAGUACACUACAGGCAUGUUUCCUGAUCAGUACACUACAGGCAUGUUUCCUGAUCAGUACACUACAGGCAUGUUCCCUGAUCAGUACACUACAGGCAUGUUCCCUGAUCAGUACACUACAGGCAUGUUCCCUGAUCAGUACACUACAGGCAUGUUUCCUGAUCAGUACACCACCGGCAUGUUUCCUAAUCAGUAG